GAUGUUGGUACGUAGACUCGUGUGUUCAGCCGGUUGCCAUGCGAUAACUCCCGGCACCAGGAGUGGGAUCUUGUAGUAGACACUUGUCCCGGUACAUUUUCGAAUCGUCGAACUCACUCUCUCGAGACAAUUUCAACGCAACGGAACAGUUGUAUUAGUGUUUCUCAAGUUGUGGCUCGUCGCUUUACCGAUAACUAGUGCAGUUUAUUUUAAAAUACAUUUCGGGAUAACCUUGUGUUACUUGCGAAUCUGCUCACCGGAUCUUCGCUAGUUUUUAUUUUCGUAUUUAUAAAUAUCGCGAGUGAAAACAUGAAAACAUUUAGAUAGAUACAGGGUGUGGGAUUUGAUUGGUGAUUGUUUGAUUGACUCCUAUUCAGCGCGAAAAUAUUUAUUUCCAAUUGAUGCAAGAAUCAAUAUUAAUCGCCUGACACUGCAUGAUAUGAUCGAUAAAAAUCGUCACCCUGACGCGAUUUCGUCACGAUCAGUCGAGAUAUACUCCGAUGAUAUCGUCACGAGAGAAUGGCGACUAACCGCUUGAAGAGAGAUUAUAAUACUGGGGUUUCGACCAACCGCAAUGAUGAUUGGAUCUGAUUGUCGUCAAUUGUUGAAAUGAACGUUUCGGACGAAAGUGAUUUAGUUGUUGCGCACCGAAGGACAUUGAGAAUGUCAUGGGUAUCCCAUAAAUUAUUUUUACAAAUUUUAUUCUCCCCCAUGUGCAGAUCUAUCUGCUCCCACCUGAAUCGCCACUAAUUAGCAUGGGAUAUCUGAUGCAUUUGGUGGAACGAAAAUGAUAUUUUUCGGAUACUGUUGAGUUUCCGUUUUGUGAGAUUCCCGUGACAGUCUGAGAUAAUUAUUCUAGUGGAGUUCUACACGACUUGAUUGAACAUUCAAUGUGCGCAAGAUAGAACGAGUUAUCGCAGACACUCAGUUGCUUAUCUAAUUGUGGUCCUUGAUCGUAUGACACUUGAGAAUUUGACAUCAAUCUUUCGCAAUUACACGCUCACCUUGCGUGACUGAUAUUAUGAAGAUGCAUUUGCACGUUCAUGCCAUCGAGAAUCAUCCCCAGGUGAUUCUGCCGCUGGACGAGGCCGCAGUCUCGUCUUCCCUGCUCAGUGUAAUGUCCAGCACAGAGCCAGCGAAUAACGACCACUGUCCAGCCUCGGCAGCCUCCACAUGCGGUCUUGUGGGCACUCUCUUUCCCACCAGCUGUCGAGGCCGAGCCGAAGCCUUUGCGCGUCGUCUUCACCGUCGACUGACAUCCCUCAGCGGUAACGAUAAAGACCUCUCUCCAACCUCAGGCAAACCCAACGAGACCUCCUGGUUGCAGACAAAUCACCACAACAACAGCGAUUCAAAUUCUCGAGUCCACGAGCGUCAGCCCCGUCACAGCCCCGAGUCCGAUCUCUACUACGAUUUUGAUUUAUCCCCAGAGCACGAGACUGAUAAUUCUCAGGAUCCGGGUUCUCCCGAGGAGGUUGUCUCGGCCGCUGAAUUCGCAAAUCUUCUUGUCAACACGUCAAAGAUCCUCAAAUCAAAUAGCGAGUCAUGUAAUUGCAUCAAAAAACACAUUGACGACAAGAACCAGGAUAUCGAGUCAGGGUACGUUUUCUCAUCGCCUCUCGACGGUAACACUCCCUCGGAGAGCGAAGCUUACUACGACCCCGAGUCCUCCGAAGCCGAAAAAACCAGAACAGACGAUUUCUUCGAUCCCAUCAACACUUCUGACAGCGACGGACCGAUGAAGCUGUCAAACGGAGAUGUGCCGAACGUUCACAAACCACCAGGUCGUCGAAGACUUGAGCUAAACGGCCGAAAGCAUGAUGACACUUCUGACGAGUCGAGUUUAUCCCUCAAUGGAAGGGUCAAACCAGCCGAAGGACGAAUUCACCCGAUAGUAAUCAACAACAGUUCUGAUGAAUCCUUGAAUGAUGUUGCGAGUUCUCUGGAGACAACUUCACCAAGUCAUGAGUCGUUAUGGAGUACUUUUGAUGAGUCUACGGUGUCUCUUCAGGACGAUAUUUCAUCUGUGACAGCUGCACCCACCAGAACGAGAUUCCUCAAAUCCCAUUCGGACUCGGAGUUGAUUCCAGGAGUUAUUAAAAUGGCAGCUAUUGAUUUGGAGUCCAUUGCACCUGAUGAAGUCGAUCACGUGGGGACGUCGAUUGAUGAUCUAGGGGGUAAUUGGAGGCGUGAGCCAGCUGGGGAUUACUGUAAUGGAGAUGGUCCUCAGAGAGAUUCAUUGAGUCUUAAUGAAGACGGUUCUGGAACACUUGAAGACCACUCGACGUACAGCUCGACUUUUAAUAUACCUGGGGCUCUUGAGGUCGAGUGUCCAAUUGAAAAGACAUCAUCACUGGAUGAAACUCUUACGAAUGAGGUUAACAUGCGAGUUGGAGAGACUGAGGAGGUUAAUUCUGUGGAGGACAUGUCGAAAUUGUUGAAGAAGUUGUCUUGUUCACCGAGAGGAAGUUUCGAGACUGAUGGAAAAGAUGUUGAAGAGAGUUCAGAGGCGUGUGAGGGCCAUGAGGAUGAUGAGAGGCCUCAGAGGGUCCGGAGGUGUUCCUCCUUGAAGACAGGAAAGACUCCGCCCGGGACGCCUGGUCGAAAGAAGAUCGUCAGAUUUGCCGAUGUCCUCGGGCUGGAUCUUGCUGAUGUCAGAACGUUUCUGGAUGAGAUCCCCAAGGUGCCAAAUUCGGCGUAUUCUGAUCUGAUUUAUGAUGAUGUCUUUCAGAAGGAUUCGAGCCCCAGUUCGUAUGGGUCCAGUCCGACAAAUGGGGGGAUUGGAGGUGUUUCAGGGGGGCUCAGGCCAGACAGGCUACUCGUGCCCAUGUUCCAACAGCCUGGGGGCUUGCCUAAUUUCCUGGACCUCGUGAGGGAUCGCCAGGUGUGCCUCGAAAAUGUUGUCGUACAGGAUGCCAUCACUUUGUGCCUCAGAGGCUGUGUCAGGGUCAGGAACUUGGAUUUUCAUAAAUCCGUUCAUGUCAGAUACACCAUGGACUCGUGGAGAACCUUCAGUGAUCUUCAGGCACUGUAUGUCAAUGGCUCUUGCGAUGGAUUCAGUGAUAAAUUCACUUUUGUGUUGUAUUGUCAUACUUUGAGGGUGGGACAGAGGCUAGAGAUGGCUGUUAGGUUUCAAUGCAAGGGAACUCAGUAUUGGGAUAAUAAUGCUGGGGCUAAUUACUGUUUUCAGUGUCUUCCAAUGACAACGAAUCCUCAUUAUUUGCCUAUUGGCAUGGGGAAUGGGGGGAGUCAUGACUGGACCCCUACGUUCUAUUGAAAUUCAGGGGAGAAAGUGGGGGAGAGUGAGGGGAAGAUGAGGCGAAUUUUUUGGUUUUGCUUCAUGUAUCAUUGUUUUGAUAAUUUUCUGAGAGACUCUGUGGGAGGAAAAAUACUUCUCCAGCGUCCUACGGGACAGCCCUUAUUAAAAGUCUCGUGAACUGCCGAAAAACCCCCUGACACUGAAAGAUUGUGGAAAUUUUUGAGAUUGUGAUUCUUCAUAUUUACAAGUUUUUUCUCAUUCAUUGACAAAAAUUUUCUCGAUCAUUGUUGAGUUUAAAAUGAAAACUGACGAGAUAUUCUCUGUGAAGGAGAGUAAAAUCACGGUUUCGAAACAUGAACUGAAAUAGAUUUUAAAAUUAAUAUGAAAUCUUCUUCAGUUGAUUAAUUGUUAAGUUACUUCUGUAAUGAUCAAUUCUGAACGAAAAUUUACAAAAACCCUUUUUCUGUAGAAAAUACUAUCCCCUGUAGAAUAAGUCUCUUGAUAUUUUCUCUCUACAAUGCAUCGUUAUCGCAAUCAUUACGAAAUUAACUGAGAUUUGACCAUCAUCGAGAUUAUAGUUUAAUCAACAACGUGAAUUUUUAAUUGAUAAUAAUUGACCAUACUGCGAUUUCAGAGGAAAAUAUCUAUAGAUUUACGUAGAAAAUUAACUUCCGUACAAAAAACGUCUGACAAACCAUUCAAUCCCCCGAUAAUCGCACAGUUAUUAAAACAAAUUUAAUUUUAAGAUAAUUAAAUUCCCCACUUGAAUCCUGAAUUAAUUAAUUGUACAUAAAAUUUAUCUUUUUCUUUAUCCUUAUUGAUAAAAAAAAUCGUGCUCGAUGUAAUUAUACGAAUCCAAGGUUGCUAUUAUCAGUGUAUUAAGUAUAAAUUUUAGAUUUUUUAGCUGUUUUUUUAGCUCUCGCUGAUUCGAGUCGGGCGUGAAUGCAAAAUACAAUAACAAUGUUCCUGCAGAGAAAGUUACAUCGAGAGAUAUAUUAUUUGUUGAAUGGCUCUCUCCAAACAACGUGUCAAAACAAUUCGUGAUAUUUUUAUAUGCAUGACAUUCACCUAGAGUCCUCUAGUCGGCCUGAAGGAUAAUAAAUACCUGUAGUAACUCCGUGUUUCAGCUCUACUCGAAUCAGCCCAAUAAUUAGAUUUUUUUAAAAAUAUCAUUUUAAUCAAGGCGUUAAUUAACGAUAGGCUGUGAGAGACUUGGGUGUAAGACUGGAUGAAUACUGAGAAGAUGAAUGGCAAUGGUAGUAAUUAUACGAUUAUACAUUUCUUUUUUAGUCUGGAUCGACUUAUUUUUGUUUUAACAAUUUACUAUCAUGUACGGUUAUCCCUUGAUAAUGCUCACUCUUCCUGAGAAAUACUUGUUCGUUGGUGUCCUCAAUCAAUUUGCAACAAACUUCUGUGUGAAAAAAAAAACGGAAUUUGUACCUGAGACUGUCGAAGAUGUUGAAAUUAUCAAUGCCAGGUCUUUAUAUUUUUCUACAUUAAGAAAACUCUAAAUAACAAAAUACUCCAAUUUAUUGAAGGCCUCGAGUACCAUCCAUCUGUCCAGGAAGAUCAAUCGACUGAACUACGAAUAAUAAUAUCUUCGAGCACAAAUAAUGGAGAAAGGAAGAAUAGUGAAAUAAUUAAUAAAACAAAUCAUGUAUGGAAAUGCGUUGUUUACUUUGUACAGAAAAUUGAACGAUUAUAUUGACGAAAUAUUUUACACAGAAUGAACGCUUGUAAGUUCCUCUCAUCUCUCGAAUGAUAACAAAUGAAAUUAUGUAAAUACAAUCGAGGGACCUGGAGUCGUUUAAUGAACGUUGAAUAAUGUAUUUUUAAUGGUCCCAUAUCAAAAUGCCUAUGUGAGGGAAAAUAAAUGAUUAAUUAUUAUUUUAAAUGAAGGAGGAAAUGGGAUUAGAGAGACUUGAGAGUCUAACGUAUCAUUAUUCAUAUACAAUAAAAUUAUUAUAUGUAAAAGUUGUUCUACAUGUUGUAUUAAGACAAUAAAUUUAAUGAAAUUGAA